CAAAACAGUUUCUAAGAAAGUUUUAUUUAUAAAUUUACGUUUUAUGAAUUUAUAUAUUUAUUAACAUAAGAAGAUAUGAUAAUUAUGUAAAUAUAUUUAAAUGGUGGAUAUAAACGACUUUGGCUAGAGGAAUCUCUUCAAAAUGUUUGCACUAUUACCAAUAUCACUGAUUAUGGGUAUUUUCGGAACAAACUUUGAAUAUGCGCAAAUGUCUUAUACAUUAAAGCAUAGUCCAAGCACCAGAGAAAAAAACUCAAGUAAUGAAAAUAAUUUAUUUCGUUUAGAACGUGGUCUACCCAAAAACUUUUUAAAUGAACCGUUAAUUCAUUUUCCACGGGUGCCAAAAGAAAAUGUAUUUAAUAAUUCAGUUCAAUUUAAGUACCCUGGGUAUUUAAAGUUAAACAACAUAGAUGACAAGUUAGGUUUAAUUCUUACAAAAAAACAAAUUUCAAAUGCUAAAAGCACACUAAAACACAAAAAAUCAAAAGCAAAAAAAAAAAUAAAUAAAAGAAGCCAUAUUAAAAAUAAAAAGAAUAGAAUAGGCAGAACAAACAAUUUGAAAAAGUACCAAAAAAGUUCGAAAAGAAUGGAGAUGUUUAUUGUAGACGAAACUCAGUUGGACGACUCUCUGUCAGCUCAAGAUUCUCAGCUUGAUGAUGAAAAUGACGAGUACGACAACGAAGAACCUGAUGAUGAGAGCAACGAUUAUCUUUCUGAAAAGGGUGCUGCCUUUAGUGACGUAAAUCAAAAGUACAAACUUAGUACAGCAGUUAAUUCGUAUACUGAAGCAGAUAACUAUGAAAACCCUAAAGAAGAAAACUACCUUCAAUACGCAACUUCCAAAAAACCAUCUCUUAUAAACAGCGAACCAAUUCGCGAUGUUAUGUUGGAAGGACUGAGCACACCUUUUAUGGAAUCAACUCAACUUAUUAAAGCAAAUCAAAUGCGUGGAAAUUAUAUAUCUAUUGGAAAAAGUGGUAAUAAAAAUAAAAAUCCUUUAGUUGAUGAAUCUGCAGCAUCAUUUGAUAAUGUAAUAAAAAAAGAAGCAUUUAAAGCGCAAAUUGAUAAUUCAAUAAAGCAAAAGAUUUUUGAAGACAUUGCUAAAGAUGCUGCGCUCCGCGACGAAUUUUCAAAAAACAUGACCGAAUUCGAUCUAGAUCAAGUUGAUUACGAUGAGUUUAAAAAGCAAAAAAGCAGUAAUCAUGAUGCUUUACUUUCUUAUAAAAUACCAACAUUUGAUGGUCAAAUAUUUAAUAAGGAACCGAACCUGCUUAACAAUUUUCAAAAUAUGAAAAUGCAGGAUUUUCAGGAAAAACCAGCCUACUCUUAUUUAGUUUUGCCAGAAAACAACGAUACCUCAAAGGUUGAAGGGAAUACAGAAAAAAUUAAUAUAUUGCAUAAUAAGCAAGCAAAAGCGAUUGGGAAAAAAAGAGUAGAUGCUGAUGAUAAAAAUGAGCCAGCAGCAAUAGGUGAUUUUGCAAAUAUUGUUGAAAAAGCAGAUCAAGAAGUUAUCAACUCAUCAUCAAAAUUUCAAAGUUCUGAAAAACAUAAAGAAACUGUUGACAAAACACAUGAAGAACAGCCCGGAAAUCAUUUAAAGACUAUAUUUUCACCAACGCUUUCGCAGUUGAGUUCUCUAAACACUUUCAUUCAGCCGCAAUCUGACCCUUUUUCUCUAGAAGCUCCUCCGUCUGUUAAUGACAAGUUAUUCUCUAAAAUUGAACAAAAACAAGAAAUGGAUCCGUUCAGUACGCUAGAAAAUCAUAACAUACUUGAUAAUCAAGAAGAAGAUCAAAAAAUUCAGAAUUUUGAGCCUCCAACUAAAAUCUUUGUGCCUUCAAAAGAUAGCUCAGACAUACAUAGUAUAACUCCAACUGAUCAGCUUUUAGAAAUGCUUUCAAAAGGUCAAUUUAAUCAUCCAAUGUCAGACGAUGAACUGUCUAAACUAUCAAGUUUUGAUCCAAAUAAACAGUAUCUAGAUGACCAAAAAUUAAAUCCGACUCAGUUUUCGCAAAACAAUUUUGCGCAUUUUGGAGAAACAUUUGUACCAUCUAAUGGCAUAAACCCAAUAGAGUCUAUUAAAACGCCGUUUAGUGAAAAACAUUUAGAGAGUUCUAACCCAAACGCUCCAAGUGCAAUAAAAACGGAUCCCGCAUUUUUAGGGCAAAAUAUACACUUAUUAGACCCAUCAAAGUUUCGUACAUUUGACGACUUAAAUAAAAUUAGUGAAGGGAUGAUUCAUGCACAUGUUGUUUCAAUCAAACAUCCAAGUCAAAAACACUAUUCAAUGCAACACUUCAUUCAUUUACCACAUAUAGAAACACCUUUUCCUACUUCUACGAUACAACGUGUUUUUGAAGACGCCUUAGAAACGCCUUACAAAGAAAAUGUUCAACAAGAUACCUUUACUAUAAGCCAUCUUCUUAAAUACGGGAAAGCUAUUUCAAAUAACCAUUGUCAUACUUCACCUUGUCAAAAUGGUGGGCUGUGUACACCGCAUCCACAUGGUUUUCGUUGUAGUUGUAAACUUGGGUGGAUUGGAGAAAUGUGCAGCAAGCGUAGCAGUUGCACUCCAAAUCCAUGUGUUCAUGGAAUUUGCUCCCCUAAUACUGAUGGUCACACUUGCACUUGUAAAAAAGGUUUUAAAGGCCAACAGUGCCAAGAGGUAGAUCGGUGUUACCCUAAUCCAUGUAGCAAUAAUGGUGUUUGUGCAGAAACUAUGCAUAAAGUUCAGUGUGAGUGUCUACCUGGUUUUAAAGGUUCUCUUUGUCAGUUGGAAGCAAAGUGUACACCAAUAAACCCUUGUCUAAAUGGUGGUAUAUGUCAAGAGUUUUUUGCUCAUUAUCAUUGUCAAUGUGAAUCUAUGUAUCAGGGACAAAAUUGUGAAGUCUUGUUGGCUCCUACAAGGCCUCCAACAACUCUAAUGCCAAAAUAUAGUGGUCCACAAGCAAUACCAAUGCCAUUUGGUAAUUCAAAUUUGUAUCCUCUUCAUAGUGAAGUGCUUGAUGAUUUACCACAGUGGGAAAGUUCAAGUAAAAAAGCUUUUUAUGUUGUUGAUAAAAUUCCGAAACAAUACUCUGAUAAAAAAGAACUUGAUUAUAAUGCACUUAACAAAAACAGUUCUAACAUUGUUACUUAUCACAGUUCUAACAUUGUUACUUACAAUAAAGAUAAUAAAUUGCCAAAAUAUAAUAAAGACAAUGAAAAGAGCAACUUUAGUGUUUCACUCAAUCAUAAAAUUAAUAAUUCAUCUUUUUUUGAAAAGAUGAGGUUAUUGCUAGGAGGUAAAGGAUCAGCCCUUUCAAACUUAAAUACUAAAAAUUACUCAAGUAAAGGGAUUGGAAAUGGAUUAAAUAACACAAUAAAAAUUUCAAAUAAAAAAGAUGAAAAAGCUAAAGUCAGAACACUUGACAACAUAUACAAAGACAAAAAUACUUUUUUGAAGGAAAACUUUAUCAUAGAUGUUAACAAAAACAGUUUAACUCAGGGUACAAAUAUUAAAAAAUUAAGUAGAAAUCAUCUUAUGAUAGAAGAUGCAGAUUUAAACAGUGAAGUAAAUAAUAUGCAUCCUUCUAGUUUAGCAGAAAAGUUGAAGAUAUUAGAUAAACGUGUUUUCAAAAAUUUACCCAGUAACAAACAAAGUGACUUUACUGUUGAAGGCUUUAACCAAUAUGGAAAAGUUACAUACCAAGAAAAUGGAAAACAAAGAAGUGUUGUUAACAGAAAACCAAAAUUAAAUUAUCUGCAGCCUAAAAAUAUGGGUCAAUCUCAAAUAAUAAAUUUAACUAAAGGUGCUAAGACACCUUUGCAAAUGCAUAACUAUGUUAUGAAAAACAGUUUUAAAAAAUUUAACAAAUAUGGUUGUCCUUCUUUUUGUGGAUAUAUUUGUGAUCCAUGGUGCAUUAAAGUAGGAUGUUGUAAAGCUACUUAUGAUCAACUAAGUUUGUUUAAGGAAAUAGAAAAAGAGCACUUAAAAGUCUCACAAAAUAAGCAAGCAAAAGGAACAUCUCUUUCAAAAGCAUGUAUAAAAUGCAAUGAAAAUGCUGACUGUUUAGUAAAUAAAUGUGUCUGCAAAACUGGUUUCCAUGGAAAUGGAAUAAUCUGCAAAGUGGAUAUCUGUGUACUUUGUCAUUUGGAUGCCGACUGUAUUCAUCAAAAAUGUUUUUGCAAAAAUGGUUUUAUUGGCGAUGGUUUUAAUUGCAAACCAGGACAUUUUUCCAUAUAGAAAUUUUCGGCGUUCUAAAGAAAUUUUAGAAGUAAUCAAUCUUUUUGGUAAACAUCGAAAAGAUAAUAGUUUUAUGUGCAAAUUUUAUGUAUAAAUUGCCGCGAUAUUUUUUGCGUUUAUUAAUAGCAUCCUUUUAUUUUUAUA